AUGAUAUGUGUGCCAUGUGCUCUGGCCUCCGAUCAUCCAAAGAAGCGUGACCGAGACCUCACCUUCCCACGCCCAGGCUUCUCCACGGAUAAAGGAACCAUUUCCCACUUGGACGCGGUUUCAACCAGCAAGAGUUCUUUUUCCUUCAGUUCUGUAGAGAUCAAUGCUGAGUUUCUGCGCAUCACCACAUGUCCAUUGGAGUCUACCUUCUGUGUAGAACUAGACCGACACACUUCAAAACUUCUAGAAGUUGCAAGAAAGGGAGGAUCUUUUCAAAUGAAGGCUGCUUGGAUUCUUCGGGAUUUUGAUGAGGCUUCACUGAAUGCUGCACUGGAAGCAUCUACACGAAGGCAAUAUGCACUAAAGUUGCUGAUGAUUUUCCUUGGAGACCCUGUUGAUGAAAUAAUAAAAGAACAUCAGGUACAGCAAGAAUACAGUGUGGUGGAGGAGACGAUGGCAGUUGUCCUGACACCGACAGAUGUGAAAAUUGUGUUGGAAGGUGAAGAGGUCCUGGCUAAUCUAAAUUCAGUGGUUCAAACUUUUGUCAUGCUGUUUGGUCUCAUAUAUACUCUAAACAUGCAGUACCCGAAGAAAUGUGUACGUACAUUUGAGUUCGUUCAGAAAGUUCUUAUGGGACUGGAUGGGGAAAAAACUGAGCCCCAAAGUUCACAAACUGAGUGUCUUGCUACAUAACAAGUAGUUGUG